AUUGCUGCUGGGACAACCUCCAUUUCUCCGCACUAUUCAGUCAUUCAUUCAUCGUCCUCUUCUUUGUUUGAUUACAGUGGAGAGACUAGACCGAAAGAUAUAGGAAACGAUGGGGCUAGAAAUUAUGGAGCCAAACACUUGCAUAAGAGGUUGCUGCAGCAGCAAAACCAUUCCUCUUCACCUCCGUCCGUCGUCGUACACUCUACUUUCCCCAAUUGCAAGAGGGGCGGAGAGUGUGGUGUAUGAAGCGAUUCUGGAUGGGAGAAAAGUCGCUGCGAAGAAGCCUAUCUUGUCUACUUCAGAUGAUCUUGACAAGUUCCAUAAGGAGUUGCAGCUUUUAUGCAAGCUAGAUCACCCUGGAAUAGCUACACUGGUUGCUGCACAUGCGAAGCCACCCAAUUACUUGUUUUUCUUUGAAUUCUAUGAGUCUGGCAAUCUUGCAGAGAAAUUACACAUUGAAGAAUGGACCCCCAGCAUUGGUCAAGUGCUCAUGAUCACAAUCCAGCUAGCAAAGGCAUUGCAAUACCUUCAUAAACAUGGGAUUGUACAUAGGGAUGUGAAACCAGCAAAUGUUCUUCUUGACAAGAGCCUUCAUCCACAUUUAGCAGACUUUGGUUUGGCGGAAUACAAGAGUGAUCUUAAACGAGUUUCUGUUGAUAGUUGGAGAUCAGCUGGCAAGCCAACUGGUGGUUUCCACAAGAAGCACAUGGUUGGCACUCUUAUUUACAUGGCGCCUGAAAUAUUGAGGAAAGAAAUACAUACUGAAAAAUCAGAUGUCUACAGUUUUGGGAUAUCAAUCAAUGAGCUUCUCACUGGGAUCGUCCCAUAUACAGAUCUUCGUGCAGAAGCUCAGGCUCACACAGUUCUAGAGAUGAACUAUACAGAGCAGCAACUUACUGCUGCUGUGGUUUCUGCUCGAUUACGACCUGCUCUAGCUGGUCUUGAGUCAUCUGCACCGGAAAGUUUACUUUCCUUGAUACAGAAAUGCUGGGAGGGAGAUCCUCGAAAGAGACCGUCUUUUGAUGACAUAGUUUCAGAACUGGAUACAGUAUUGGAACACCAAAAGAUAGGGGAAGAAGAUAAUAUGGCCCUCCACCAACUUUCUAUUUCUCUUGGUGACCAGCUGAGGGAUUCCAUAGAAAAUCGUCAUAUCUGUCACAAUGCCAUUACUUGGUUCAAGCAAGGAGAAGAGUUCUCCAAGCAAGCUUCCCUGACUGCUGAUUCUCGUCUGAAAUUUUGGUUUGAUCCUUCCAGUGAUCCUUUGACUUACCAUCCUGUACUUUCUUGUGGAUCUUUUGCAACAUGUGGGAGAAGGGAAAAUAUGGAGGAUACUCACUUCCUCAUGCCCUACAUGGGCAAUGAACAGGAUAUUCAUCUAUUUGGAAUCUUUGAUGGCCAUAGAGGUGCAGCAGCUGCAGAGUUUUCUGUUCGUCUCUUACCUGGGCUCCUGCAAAGUUUGGUUUCCACUAUCAGUCCUGCUGAUGCGCUAUCAGAAGCAUUUGUUAGAACAGAUGUUGCAUUCAGAAAUGAACUGGAUUCCCAUCGCCAAUCCAAGAGAAUUACUCAGAAAGAUUGGCAUCCUGGCUGCACUGCAAUUGCUGCUCUAAUAGUUAGAAACAAGCUUUUUGUUGCUAAUGCUGGUGAUUGUAGGGCAAUUUUGUGUCGUGCUGGCUGCUCAUUUGCUUUAAGUAAGGAUCAUGUUGCAAGCUGUCCGGAGGAGAGGGAGCGUGUAGUCAGUGCAGGUGGACAAGUCAAAUGGCAAGUUGAUACAUGGAGGGUUGGUCCGGCUGCUCUCCAGGUUACCCGCUCCAUUGGCGAUGAUGAUCUGAAGCCAGCUGUAACUGCAGAACCUGAGACAACUGAAACUAUACUAUCAGCCGAUGAUGAAUUCCUGGUGAUGGCAAGUGAUGGUCUCUGGGAUGUUCUGAGCAAUACAGAGGUUAUAGGCAUAAUUAGAGAUACUGUCAAGGAGCCUGCAAUGUGCUCAAAGAGGUUGGCAACAGAAGCAGCAGAACGUGGGAGCAAAGAUAACAUUACCGUCAUUGUGGUCUUUUUACGCCCUGUUUCUACAGCAGAGAGAAUUUACUAGGUCAUUCUCUAACCUACCUGUGCACAACCCUAGUUGUUCCUAUUGUAAAUUGGUGGGAGUGGAGGUAUGUGGAAAAACUUUCAUACCUAUCAUUCUUUACUGCUUCAUGCAGGACUUAAAUAUAUUUUCUUUUAAUAUAUCUUCUAAUACUCCUUUUAUAGUUUUAGAUGAAAUAUUGAUAGAUCUGAUUCUCCCAUUCGGUUCCUGCUGAAGCUGGAAUUUAAUUAACUGAUAUAUCUUUCUUUUCAUAUCUUCUAUGACUCCUUUUAUAAUUUUGAGAUAAUGUAUUGAUAGAUCCGAUUCCCGAUUCCCGUUCGGUUGACUCGGAAGAAAUUCUAAGGUGCUAAAGUUCCUGUA